AUGUCCGAGGCCAAUGCUCCGACCAAGGUCUCAACACUGAAGGCGAUGAGACGGUCAUUCUCCCUCCGAUCUUCCCUUGCAGCGCCGUUCCUGACAGGCUCACUAAGAUCGAGACGGAAGCUCAGCUCGUUUUGGGAGAAAGACGCCGAACUAGUCACACCCAACAAGGAUGUCAAGGUCAAGGACGAAUACAGGGAGAAAGACAUUGCCCAUGUCCAUCAAGAUAUCGCCGGGGAGCACAAACAUGAAAAGGGUGGUGAUCUCGAGUCAGGCAACUUGAACCACGUCGAGGAGCGCAACGGCAACAUUGUUGAGGCAAAGAACAGCGUCGAGGCCAACGAAAACAACAAGCCAGACAAUGAUAACCUCUUCGAGAACGAUUAUGUCGGCACGGACAGCGCAAGCCAAGACCUAACGGUGGAAAAGACGGUGGACAAGACAGCCGAAGUGGAAGUCGACGUCGCAGUCGCAGUCGAAGUACCCAGCACUUUACAGGCCUCCCACCACCCCAGCGUCCAGCAACAAGACACAGCCCCAGACGAUGCCAACGAUAUCGACAUCAAUGGCCCAAAUUCCAGCACCAGGUUGGAGUCUACCGUCAAAUCCAACGACUCAGAUACCAACGGCGACGAAGAACCCAACCUCAUCAGCUCGUCGCAAGCACAACCAAUCGUCAUUUCCACCUCCGACGACCCAGUAACACCGCCGCCGCCGCCGACCAACUCACCAACUCCAUCGUCAUCAAAUAUCUCAGAUCCUGGUGCGGACGCAGACCAGAAUGCAGACCCAGAUGCAGAUCCGUUCACAGAACCCGACGCAGACCCAUUCUACAUCCCCAACAGUACCAUCAACUUGCCUUCCAACGAUCUCGACCACCCCCUCCCCCUCGGUCACAACCCUUUAUUCAACCUUUCCCUUUCCCUUUCGCAUUCUCCUCCCGAAUCCAACAUCGAAGAAGCCUACUUCGCCACACCCAUCUCACGCCUCAACCUCAGCUCAAACCCGGGCUUCAACCGAUCCAACCACCUCGCCAACCAGAAACAAUGCACCAUGGCCAACUACGCCGCGGAAGUCGAUCGUCGGAUCGUGGCAAACAGCGACAUGCGCGAUUUCGCUUAUGAGCCUUCAGACAAGUUUCAUCGCAAGGCAUAUGGACAUCCGGAUGGGGAGCGGGAUUGGGUGGAUGUGGAGGGUCUUGAUUGA